AUGAGGUGUGCGUUUCUGGAGAGCUGUAACAUUCUUAUCGGUUUUUCUUGUUUUACAGUUGGCCCGAAGCUUUUCCAGUAUGUCAUAAAAGUCAUUGUGCAGGCAAUACAAUUACUGUACACAAUGCUGAAGAUAGAUCAGCCGUCCUAUAUUCUUCUUCAGAAUCCUCCAGGCUUACCCAGUAUAGCUGUUGCCUGGGUCGCAUGUCUUUUCUGGAGGAGCAAACUGAUAAUUGAUUGGCACAACUAUGGAUAUACUAUAAUGAGUCUGAAUCAUGGAAGAAAUCACCCACUAGUACAAAUUGCAAAAUGGUACGAAAAGCUGUUUGGGCGUUUGUCUGACUAUAACUUGUGCGUCACUAAUGCAAUGAAAGAAGAUCUAUGGGUGAAUUGUAACAUAAAGGCAGUAACACUGUAUGACAAGCCAGCUUCUUAUUUCAAGGAAACUUCGUUAGAACUUCAACAUCAUUUGUACAUGAAACUUGCCAAAAACUAUGAGGCUUUUAAACCACGUACAGAGUCUCUCAGUUGGAAGGCCGAGAGGUCUGCCUUUACAGAAAUGGAUGAAAAAAAUGGGCGCGUGGUAAAAACCAAAGGACGGCCAGCUCUUCUAAUCAGCAGCACAAGCUGGACAGAGGAUGAAGACUUUUCAGUCCUUUUAAAAGCUUUAGAAGAUUAUGAGCAGUAUAUCAAUGAAGGAGUCAAGCUUCCACCUUUAGUAUGUGUGAUAACAGGUAAAGGACCUCUAAAAGACUACUACAAUGGACUGAUAAACAAAAUGCACUUUAAACAUAUCCAGAUCUGUACACCGUGGCUUGAAGCUGAGGAUUACCCUCUUUUGCUUGGCUCCGCAGACCUGGGGGUGUGUCUCCAUAAAUCAUCUAGUGGUUUGGAUUUACCCAUGAAGGUGGUAGAUAUGUUCGGCUGUUGUUUACCUGUGUGUGCAAUAUAUUUUGAAUGUUUACAUGAACUUGUGAAACACAAUGAAAAUGGUCUGAUAUUCAGGGACUCGAAUGAACUUGCAGAACAACUAAAGAUGCUUUUCUCAGAAUUUCCUACCCUGGAGGGCAAACUUCACAGCUUCAGAAAAAAUCUCCGUGCGUCCAAGCAGCUGCGCUGGGAUGAGAGUUGGGACCAGACUGUUCUUCCUUUGCUUGGGCAGAAUGAAUGACUUUUGGGAGGGAGGAGGGUGUCAAAAAAGCAAACACAUUCCUGGAGAUGCAGAGAUUUGAUAAAUAGUGAAUAAACACUUUGUGUUGU